CUUAAAUUUCAUGCAAUAUAUAGCGCCAUUUAUAGCUUAUACCAAUGUUUUCAUGGCUGAAAAAUCACUGAUUGGAUUAUUUAUAACUCAUUAUUUAUUACUUAUUAUUAUUAUUAUUAUUUAUUCGAGUACGACAGAAUUUUUAAUGUUUUAUUUCAGACCUUGGCAAGAACAAAUUUAGAUGAACAUACUGAAACUCAAAGUUUCGUUGGUCACAGGUUGGUGUGACACAAUCUCAUUGUUUUAAAGUUAUAAAAAUUCGAAAUUUCACUUCAUGCAUUUCGUAAGGAAAGGAUUUUCAAUCGCUUCAGAUUCGUGUUCGAUGGUUAAAUCACUUAAAUGAUUUGUUUUCACGAACAAGUUUGGCACUGGAUUGAAGAAUUGAUUGAGACUGGAUGGAAAUUUAAUAAUUUGAAUUAAUAAAAUAAUCGAUUGAAAAAUAUCUUCAUAUCUUUACAUUAACUAAAUAGGAUUGUAUUCUAUUUCUUACAGCAUGCAAGUUAUUAGUCUGUCGUUGUCAAUGGAUGGUUUAACAUUGUUGUCAGGUUCAAAAGAUUGUACUGCUAGAGUUUGGGAUGUCUCUAGUAGACAAUGUUUGAGAGUCUUAGAACACAAAGGUAGAGGAAUUAUGUCUGCAGUGUUGAAGUGUUGAUUUCAACUGCUUUACAGUAUUAUAAUGAAGAAUAAAAAACAGAAUGCAUAUACCAUAAACAAGCAAACAAUUUUAGUGUAGUUUCUGGCAAAACAACUUUCCCAAUCGGGCAACCAAGAAGCAACUUCUACUUGCCUGUGAUUGUUAUUACUUGCCUUGUGCUUGCCCUUCCAUCCGUCUCGACAAAACUGGAUCAUGUAAUGAUGCAGCUCCCUAGACAACAAGACUCGCGCGACCUCGCAUGACAUUCCUAUCUGUGCAUUUUACAUUUCUAAGGAUAUACAUUACAGGUAAUUAUUUAUGUUCACAGGUAGUGUGGAAAACGUACAAAUAUAUCCCCGUUAUCAAAAUUUCGACAUCAAACGUUCAAAGACGUCAUUACCAGUUCUUGGAACUUUCAAGAGAAGUCUUCACGACUUUAAUUCGCAAGAAGAAAGUGUUCCUGUCAGAAUUUUUGAUAAAAAUGUAAGUGCACAAUAUAGUAUUUUGUGAUAAAUCUUGCAAAAUGUUUUAGACUCACAAGUUUGAACAGUUGACGAUGAUGAAAUUUGCUCCUCAACAUAUCAAAUAUUUAUAUAAAAUAUGUCACCUUGGAUAUAGAGCCUCGUUUUCGUGAUGAGACGUUUGGCAUUAACUAAAGCCCGAAUUUUUUCGCUGACCAAUCACAUUGCCAAGAUUUGUUUUCCGCUUCGCGCGAAAAUACUCGCCUAGUGGAGAACGGGCUUACGUCACAUACACGGCGCCAAAGUGACGUACUUUCCGGAAGGGUGUAUUCAGACCGCAAAUCUUAUUUAGCUAGUAUUUUAUUUGCAACUAGGUGGGAUGUUGCAUGAUCAACCUCUGACGUGAUGAUACUAACAAGAGCAAGCAUAUUUGACUAUAGGGCAGGAAAAAAGAUUCUUCCUGGGAGCACAUGCAACCUGGAGACAAAAAUUUCCUGCAAUCCAACGGCAACGGAGUAUUUUUGUUGCAUGUGCAUAAACAUAUAGUGUUCUAACUGGCCAUGGUUUUAAAUUCAAGGAAUAAUGUCUGUCAACCAUAUGUUGUUGCGCCCAUAGUGGGACAUGGGUGUUAAGGCAAAUCUUGAUUCAAACGAAUUUCCUGCAGUGUUCAACAUUUCCUGCGAGCAGUGCUCGUGCGCUCGCCUAUUUUUCCCACCCCUGUAUUAACUAUACAUUUGUUUUUCUGUAAAUUUUACUUCCUUCGACCUGAUGACAUAAAAUGACUACCAUCUGCUGUACGGUAGUGGGUACCUAUCCCCCAAACCUCCAGUUUAACAUCGCCUGAAAUUUAAAUUUUGUUCAAUAUAGAAUUCGCAUGAAAAACAACCAAUUCAAUAUGGACCACUGGAGUGCGUGUUGAGAGAGGUAUGAAAUUGGCCCGGAGAAACUAUACAAAAGAAACACGACUGGGUUUGCCCACCACUGAGAACCUAUCGCAGGUUACUGAGAACCCGACUUGUACUUUCGUACUUAGACUUUCGCAAAGUCCUUCGUCUUUGUUUAGAACAAAGGAAUUUUCAAGGAAGUAAUUUCGUCGUCGCUCCUCGCGUUUAUACGAGACUUCGUCGCUCGCGACUCCUCGCGUUUAUACGAGGUCGACUUGUAUAGCAAGUCUAUUUCGUACUCCCAAUGGUGGGCAAACUAUUUGCUUGCAGGGUAAAGUACCUGCCAUCUCGAUCCGUAGGCUUGUAUAUUGCCAGAGAUAAAAAUAAAAAAGCGAAUCUGUCAUUCAGCUAUGAUGUUACAAUAAACUAUGCAACUCUUUCCCUGGAAUUCAUUUGAAGUGACUGGAGACAGUCCUUCUCCGCAGGCAUCUCUACUUGUUUAGCCUGCGAUUGGGUAGUUGCUCGGAAAGUAACGAAUGAGCGUGGGAAAUGACGUCGCAGACUAGAUUUCCCUGAGAUGCCUGCGGAUGAGGCUAAUUUGCUUCGUGGCAUUUCAGUUCCGUAACAAUAUCAAUCAAUCAAUCAAUCAAUCAAUCUGUUUAAUUAAAACCAAUUUGCAGUUUUUAAAGGAAAACUGAAUUACAUGGAGUACUAAUAUAGCAUAAAAAUUUAUAUUAAAAUGUACAUAUAUAUAUAUUAUAAAAUAAUGUUUAUUUAGUUGGGACUGUUAAUUAACUAUAAAGCUAAUAAUAUUUCCUAGUCACGAAGUUUUUUAACCGUUCAGUGGUUUCUGACCAUAAAGGUUGUUCGGCCGUUCUGUCAUUCCUUAAGUCAUAGUCAUGAGUUUUUACCCCGGGACGAAUUUCCAUAAUUUGGGUCAAAGGGUUGUAGGGUGAAACAUCACGUCGCAGAGAUUCGACGAAUUUCUUGCAAGAGAUGUCUCUGCGAGUACUCAGAUACUGUAAGUUUGAAAUUUCAAGGGCUUCAUCAUAUAACAGAUCUGGAUAAGCUAUUCUCAAUGCUCUCUUUUGAACAGAUUCGAGAAUGUCAGAUAAUGAUUUAGGUAUUGACGACCAUACAGGGGAUGCAUAUUCAAUUCUGGAUCUGGUCAAACGGACAGAGAAAAUAUUUAUGAAAAUAUCGAGAGGUUGUUUUAUAUUUCCAUCACGAUUUCUCCUGUAGUUUGCCUAGGCCUUCAUAUGCUGUUCCCUAACGAUUACAUUUACGUUUUUUUAGAAUUGUGAAAACGAUGAGAUGUGCGGUGGUGAGAAAGAAUUGAGUAAAUCUAAUUUAAAAGAGAAACUGUGCGAAUCCAAGCAAUUUAAUCAAACUCUUUACAAGUUUGCAGUUGAGGAAUUACUUUCCGAGGUGCGAGAACAGUCACAACAUUCCUGAAACAUGAUAGUAUACUCUCUAGCUCUCUCUAUUCAAUAUGCAGAGUUCCAAUAACAGCUGAGCUCAAGGUCCAACAUUGAGUUAUUGAUUUGUGACCGACCAGUCUUCGCCUGGCACUAUUUCACGAGUUGGAAAUGAACUGCAGCGGUAUAAGAACUCAGGAUGUGAAACGAUCGUUGGACUUCCAUGCCAAAUUUAAUGGCACGUGAACCAAUUUGAGCAUAGAAAAUAAAUAUGAUUUGAAUGGUUUAUGCCAGUUUUAAAUGUAUAUUUUUUACUUUACGUUUCUAAUUCGUACAAUGCGAAAUUUAGAUAUAAGCGAUUUUCGAAUUCUGGAAGUGGCCUAAUUACGUCGGCAAGAGAAUUAUUCUUUGUAAAAAUAAUUGAUUAAAGGUCAGAUUAUGCCUGGUCUCCAUAUGUUUGUUGCUGCAGUGUCGAUAUAUUUCUACAAUCACAAAUGACUGAUUUGCAUGACAGGUAAACCAUACAAAAUGCGAGAUAGCUUUUGAUAUCUCACAUCAUUUACUGUGAAUGAUUAUGACAGCAGCGACAAAAUGGAUACCAGUCUUCCGAUACUGUCCUCAUGGUUCGCGCACGAAUUUAUUUCUAUUUGACCUUGCCCUCAAUAACAACUCCAUCCCCAGGGUGCGAUAAAUCAAGAUUUUUAGUCGUACCUAACUGGUAUGCCAAUGUUGGGAUAGUACAAACUCACUGUGUACUUAGUCUUUAAAAUAAAGUACAGGUUUCUGAAAUGUAUUCAAUUAGAACAAGGAGCACAUAUACAAACACUACAAUCGAGUCCAACAUUCUUUAGUCCCAUUUGUCCAAUCAUGUUUCAUGCCAAGAUAUGAAGACUUACACAUACACCGACUAAAUAACGGCUGCGAAGAAUUCCUUGGGCUUGGAAAGGUCAUCCUGUGCCAGCAAAAAGUAAGUACGCAAAUAGCAACAGUUUCGCGUACCUACUGUACGUAGCUGAAGAUAAGGAAGUAUCAGACCGUAACACUGACGUACCUCUGGUUAGUCUGGUACGUACAAGUUCCUGAAUUAUCGCACACUGCAUCCCUAACCCACUGUGCGCGAAACACGAGGUAUAAGUGAUUUUUUCAUUCUGCACUAUGAUUAAGUCAUUUAAGACAUGAACAUAAUUACACUUAUUUCAAAGUUUUAAGAACGCUUGAAAAACAUGCGCCUAUUCAAAUGCGAAUUUUCUUCAGAUGUACUGCGUGUAUGAAAGUAAGUCGAGACACUCCAAAUGUAUGGAGACACUCCAGAUGUAUGGGACCGCUCAUACAUUUAAAACGCUGUACAAAACGUUACUGAACAUCUAUCAGAAAAAGAAAAUUCGCAGUGAACGACUUAUACAGAAAUUCUAAAGGCCCCUACACAUGAGCGGAGACGAGAACUGCAAUGAUGCAUUACAGCAGAUUUCUCAUGCAAUCCACAAUCAAUAUUGCUUAUCAUAUUUGCCUACACUCGGUUACAGUCGUGUUAAGGCCCACACAGACCAGACGCGAUUCGGCAACGCGACGCGAAUUUUCAGUUUUCAAAAACAAAUAAAACCGUCAGCGGAUAAAAAUUUUACAAGAUAUGCAGACCCAAUAGCUAAAAUUGCUUAAGUGGUUCCGAAUAUUUGAAAAACAUUGAAAAAUAUUAGUUAAAUGUCAUUGAAAACUGAAAAUUCGCGUCGCGUUGCCAAAUCGCGUACGGUCUGUAUGGACCUUUAGUGUUGUUCAAUCUUGUCUGCUGCUUUUAAGCACAGCAUUGUCCCGGCAUCGUGUAAACAACGCCUAAAUUAAAUUGUCCAUAUUAAUCUCGCUACUAAAGGAAAACAUCUAAUGAAUUAGUUUAUUAGCUCAUUUUCAUCUUCAGUGUGAAUUACGUCGUACGUAGUUGGUAAUCU